GACAAGGGCCAGUGCUAUUCCUGAUGUAGGACUUUGCAGCAUCUGCUCAAGAUCUUAACCAUGUUUGAAGCGUAGAAUCAAGCCCAUUCUUCUGUAUUUGAUAAAAAGAGGUUUUCAAAACAAAAAUAGAGUUGCAAUCUUGGCAGAACAGGACAAAGAGAAAAGAAAAUUACUCAUGCAAAACCAAUCUUCAACAACUCAUCCUGGAGCUGGCAUUGCCCUCUCCAGACCCUCUCUCAACAAGGACUUCCAGAACCACGCUGAGCAGCGGCACAUUGCAGCCCAACAGAAGGCGGCUUUGCAGCAUGCGCAUGCCCGUUCAUCUGGAUACUUCAUAACGCAAGACUCUGCAUUCGGGAAUCUUAUUCUUCCUGUGCUACCGCUCCUUGACCCAGAAUGA